AUUGCUGCCAAGCUAGGCAAGAAAUGUAGUGGUGACAGGAAACACACCAUGGCGGGUUAGGAGAGAUGGAUCCAGUUUCAAUAUAAAAGCUAGACGGUCUACUACAAGAUCCUCGCUAUUCCAACUCCUUUCUUAGGUAGAGAGUAACGCAUCGCCGACGUGGUAGGCUACCAAAAUGACUCGCCCACUCCUCUUCUUAGCAUCAGCUUUCGGCCUGACACUGGCGCAAAGUGGCAAUGUGAACCAAUCCGCACCCUUCAACCUUGUCCUAUCGAGCGACAAUAGUACACUUAACGGUCUCAAGCUCGCAGCUUGCCACGCGGGAGCCGCAGUCGAAGCUCUCUGCCUCGAUGAAUCUGUUCAAACGCCAGAAUUCCAAACCUUUUUCUUCAACAGUUCGGCCGAAGCCCCUUCGGAUCCAAACUACCUACAAUCCGGUUAUGUGACGUGGACAUUCACGGGUGGUACGCCGCCCUUCACAUCCAAUACGGCUCUGGCAUUCCUUUAUAAUGAGGGAUCCAACCUCGCCUUCCCUCUUAUUUGGCCUUCCGACACCAUUGCUCAGUCCGUCUCGUUUACUGAGGAUGACCUCCUUGCUGUGGGAACCAAUGUCAAUGAUGCGAUUUCGCCCCCUGGGCCGUUCCCGAACUCCGUCGAGUACUUAACCGACCGCUGGGCUAUCUGCAAGACGUAUUGGCAGAGUUAUGGAUACGUUGCGCUUCAAUAUGUCCUGGGCAACCAGAAGCCCCAGAACCCGAGUUGCCAACUGGUGACGGUCAAGAGGGUUUGGGUGUAGUCACAGGAUUCGAUGGGAGGACAUAGAUUUGAGAAAAAAGGAG